ACCACUCACCCGGGGGCACCAGCAUCACAGCAACAGCCAUUGUCUUCACAGGCUGUUUCCCAACCAUCUUCACAACAGUAUGGAAAUUUUGUUGACCAAGCAAACCAACACCAACAGCAGCAGCAGCAGCAGCAGCCGUCCUCACUUCCAACAGACUCCCGGGAUGGGGAGAACAGGUCACCUGGAACCCUUGCCAAAGGUGACCCCAGACCAGUUGGACAUGGGAGUCCCCUCAGCUCAUACAGCCACUAUUAUGGGGGACAGCACGGCCUGGGUCAAAGUCAGCGCACUAGACCUUCUCCGGAGAGACAGGAGCAUCAGCCACAGCCCCAGACUGACCCAAGAUAUCCUGGCCAGCAGGGCCCACCUGGCCAUGCAGACCACCCACAUGCCUCCCCUGGCCAUCAACAAAGGGCUUCUCCCCAGGGCCAGCCCCACUCCCAGCAACAGUUCCAGUUUCAGGGACAGUUGCAUGGUCAGGAACAGUCAUCUCAGAAGAACACUGAGGCAGGGACUCCUGAAGACCAAUAUGCAGCAUCCAACAAGCAAGAACUGUUGACCCCCUUGUACCAGCCGCCACAGUACGGACCACCACACCACCCACAACACAGUCCUCCUCCUCCUCCUCCUCACCAUGAACUGCCUGAAAGCCAGUACCCUCCAGGACAGUACCCGUGGGCACAGUACCCCCAACCUGCUAGUGGACCUGGACCAUUUCCUUCAGGUCCAAACAACUUCGCAAAUGGUCCCGGACCUUUCAGUGGACAAGGAGGGCCAUACCAGAGAGCGGAGGGACUUGGCUCCUACCAAGGUGGAGGAAGUGGACCAGCUGUGGGGGUCCCCUUGGGGCCUGGUGUAGUUGAGGAACGGCAAGCCAUCCUGCAGGAAAAGAAAGCAGAACCAGGGGUGGCCAGAGAUAUGACUUCAUCGCUGUUGAUGCCUCCACCACCACCUCCUCCAAUCGAGACGAUACUAGGCACAAGAGUGCGAGAGGAUCCCUCAGAGUCAAGCAUGAAGAGACAAAGAUCAUGUAGCCCGCAAGAUGAAAGGAGAGCUUCUCGCAGAUAUGGCCUGGACUCAGAAGAUGUGGGUGACCGUGAAGGCAGCAGAUUACUGAGGUCCAGAGGACACGACGCAUCCGGUCGAGAUGGUGGCAACCACUACUCUUCUUCACGGAGCUACAGGAGUGGACCAGCAGGCUAUUCCGAUGGAGGGCGCCCAGGCGGCUUUCCUAGUGGUCCUGGAUCCUUCAUGGGCCAUGGAGGACCCUGGGGCUGGAGGCCUAUGCCAGGACCAUAUUCAGAUAUACCAAUGAGACCUGGACCUUACAGUCGGCCCCCUGGUGGAGGUAUGGGCAGUUCGCAGUCUCCAUAUGGGAGGAAUCCACGAGACCGCUCGGACUUGGAAGAUGGAGGUGGGGGAAGCCGCAGGUUAGGAAGGGGAGGGGGGUACUCUGUGGGAGGACGUGGAGGCAGGGACCGCCGCUGGUGAUGCAGACGGCCACCUCACGCAGCAAGGUUGUAAAUAGUGUGCAUAGUGACCAUUUUGAAAUUAGAUCCUGUUACAUGUAUUUAUGAAGUAGCAGCAUUAGAGUCAAUUGAAGCAUGUCUGUCUGCAGCCUUUGUGAUACUUUUUGUUGUAAUAAAUAUUUAUUUUCUGAUGGCAAAUAUUUUCUACUUGAAAUAAGAUUGAAACUUGACCUUUAAUUUGUUAUUAUAACAGAUACAGUGGUAGUGAGUGCCAAGGGAGGGAUUGGGGAAUGUCACCCUCCAACCCCCCUAAUAUUAAUAUUUUUUAAAUCAUUGUUUCUCUUUGCACAACCUCAGUCACCCCAUGCACCAGGAAAUACCCCUUCUGCCUCCUUUUAACCCGGUAGCAGCGACAGGCCAAAUUUGUGGCUUUACCGUGUAGCAGUGAUGGGCCAAAUUUGUGGCUUCACCAUGUAGCAGUGAUGGGCCAAAUUUGUGGCUUUACCGUGUAGCAGUGAUGGGCCAAAUUUGUGGCUUUACCGUGUAGCAGUGAUGGGCCAAAUUUGUGGCUUCACCGUGUAGCAGCGACGGGCCAAAUUUGUGGCUUCACCAUGUAGCAGCGACGGGCCAAAUUCGUGGCUUCACCGUGUAGCAGCGACGGGCCAAAUUUGUGGCUUCACCGUGUAGCAGCGACGGGCCAAAUUUGUGGCUUCACCAUGUAGCAGUGAUGGGCCAAAUUUGUUUUUUGAUAUAAACCCCCCAAAAUAGAUGAUGCAUAAUCUGAUCACAAAUGCUUUGAUAUUUUUUAUGAAAUGGUUUGUGUGAGGGGUGAUUUUUUCUCAUUUUUCUCACUUGGAGGGACCAUUAAGAAACAUGAUCCCCGCUGUUACCACCACCGGGUUAAAGAAAAAAAAUUGGAGUUGCCAUUGUUGAGAUGUAAAUAUAUCUGGAGCUAUGAAAAGGUACAAUUGUCUUUUGUGUAUGUAUAUACGUCACAGGAUGACAACGCCCUAUGAACAAAUUAACCAGGUGGUGGUAGCAGCGGGGAUCAUGUUUCCUAAUGGUCCCUCUAAGUGAGAAAAAAUGAGAAAAAUCAUCACUCACACAAACCAUUUCAUAAUAUAUAUCAAAGCAUUUGUGAUCAGUUUAUGUAUCAUCUAUUUUGGGGGGUUUAUAUCAUGGCAUAAAUUUGGCCCGUCGCUGCUACAUGGUAAAGCCACAAAUUUGGCCCAUCGCUGCUACACGGUAAAGCCACAAAUUUGGCCCAUCGCUGCUACAUGGUAAAGCCACAAAUUUGGCCCGUCGCUGCUACACGGUAAAGCCACAAAUUUGGCCCGUCACUGCUACACAGUAAAGCCACAAAUUUGGCCCGUCGCUGCUACACAGUAAAGCCACAAAUUUGGCCCGUCGCUGCUACACAGUAAAGCCACAAAUUUGGCCCGUCGCUGCUACACGGUAAAGCCACAAAUUUUGCCCGUCGCUGCUACCGGGUUAAGGCAACAUUAUACAUUUUUUGAACACUAUGUUAUAAGGUAAAGGCUGUGCACUAGUACUUUUGUGAGCUUUAGUGGACUACAAGGAUGUUCAACACUGGUUAUACAUAAUUGCUCAAUACAGAUUAGGAAAUUAUAAGCAUAACAUCUUGGUUCAUGUCAGGUGAGUGUGGCAGUGGUAAAGGUAAUUUGGUAGAAGUGGUUAUGACAGGGGAAAUGGAGGGAUUAUUUAUGGAAAUAUAUAAAUGUAUUAAGAUAAACUUGGAAUAAAAAUAAUAAUUGGA